AUGACGCAUACCGAGGAAGUGACAGAGAUCCUCUCUUCAACAACCUUGGAGUCUCCAGCCUCGACAGAGUUCCUUCAAAUGGGACCCUAUAUUGCCACGAAAACCCCAAAUGGACUCGUUGAAGGCCCCAUAUCCGCUCUCCCCGAAGAGAUCAUCCUCCUCAUCCUCGACAUGCUCGUGCAAGAAGAUAUCGCAGCACAUGAAGAUCCCCCACGAGUCUCCGGGGACACCAUCUCAACUGUACGCACCGCAUCGCAAGUAUCCCGUUUCUGGCGGUUCAUCACCCUCCAAAACACCGUCUGGUGGUCCCAUAUCCAUGUCUUUCCACCAUGGAGGCCACACGCGGUCGCAGCUGCCCUGGCGCGCUCUAAGGACUGCCCGAUAGACCUCUACAUCUCCGUGCAACUAGUGGAAGACACCACGGGCGACGCGGACGACCCAUCACCCUCCAAACUCGACGGGUAUGAGGACCUCUUCCGCAUCCUCCACCCCCACAUCCCCCGAUGUCGGACACUCCACAUCCAAGGGGUGUUCCGGCAGAAACCAAACCUACUGACGUACCUCAUCGAACCCUUGUUGAACAUGGAUAUGCCGUACCUCACCUCGCUCAUCUUCGACGGCGAGGCAUCAUUCGAGGAUACCGAGUACUCCAAAGGCCGCACCCAGCUCUUCGCCUCCGCCCCGCGCCUGCUCGACGUCCGCCUGGGCGGGAUCGGCGUCAUGCAAUAUUCCCCACCACUAUCGGCACUCACCACCCUGCACCUCUCCCGCGCGAUGAACCUCACGAACCUCUCCUUCCACGCGCUCGGGGAGAUCCUCACGUCAUGCCCGUGCCUCACCUUCUUCGCCGUGUACGACGACCUCCUGAACCACUGGCCGGGGCGCUCGGCCGCGAUCGAGCUCCCGCGCCUCGAGGCGCUGUACAUCCUCGGUAACAUGCUCUCCGUCUCCGAGCUGCUGCUGUACUUGACGGCCCCGGAGCUCAGGGAGCUGGUCAUCGCGCCGGUGGUAGGGAGUGAUUUGACGGUGCUGCAUGCGGAGAUGCACACGGAGCAGGCGAGGUUCCCGAAUCUGCGCUCGCUGACGCUCGCCCCGGCCCACCCAGACGCGUUCAACGACGCGCUGCCCGUUGCGUCGGUGUGCUUUCCCCACAUCGAGACCCUGAUCCUCGCCAACCUCUACCCACCAGAAUUCGAGACCCUUUUCUUGAAUCACUCACGCGUUUUGUUCCCGCAGCUCAAAGAUUUGGCGUUGACGGGUGUAGAGAAGGUGGUGGCGAGGCUCAUGCCUGAAGUUGCACGUUUCCGUGCGUCAAAAAAGGCACCAUUGCGGAACGUCUUCGUCGAUGGAGAGUCGUUAGGGAAGCUCACAGGUCCGCCUGAGAUAUGGGGCGACGUCAAGGUGAAGAAGGGUGAUUUAUGGGAGGCUCAGAGGCGGAAGGGGCUGUAUAGCAAUAUCAAGGACCUCUUCGUAGGUAGACCUCUUGACGAGCAUUGA